GCUCGGAGACAGCAUCCUGCGAUCCAUCUUCCUGGGGGGGAAUCCUCCCUCCGGAUCGUUCGAGUCACUGGUCAAGAAUCCCCAUCUGGCCAAGAAGACUCCUCCUUCCGGGACCACCUCCAAGUCUCCCGCCAAGGGGAGGGGCUAGGUCCCUGCAGCCACAGAGAACAUGCCCCCACCUCCCCCGCGACCUCCAUCCCCUACUCGGGAACAGGAGGCACCAGCUGGAGGCCCGCCAGUUCCCACUCCCACCAUGCGCAUCCCGGUUAACACCCAGGCUCUGCAGAAAAUCCCCGAGGCCUUCCGAGGGACGGUUUAUGAGACCGCGAGCUAUACGGUGGAGCAUUAUUACAAUGCCACCCCGAGGGACUUGAGGGAGAUCGAGACGAGGAGCCCCGAGAAUGUCAUGGAGUCUUCGCUGGGGAUGACCCUCACAGCGGCUUUGGCUCUACAUUGCAGCAUAGCUCAGUCCAGGGCUAGGAUUGACGAGAUCAGGGGCGAGUUCCAGACUGCUCAGGCCCCUCUCGCGUCUGCCCAACAACAAGAGCAAAGCGCCAAGGUUGCUCUGACGGCUGCCAAAGAGAGUGAAAAGGCUGCACAAUUCGCCUUGGCCGCUGCGAAGACCGAGCUUGAGGAGGCCGAGGCUGCCACCGUGGCAGAGAGGGCGUCUUCGAACUCCUCCCUGGAGGGCAUGCUCUACCAUUGCUGGGCCUUCAACCCGGAUGGCGACUUCUCCUUUUUGGCACCCGAGGUGUGGGAGCCAUUCCUUGCGAAGUUCAAAGCCCGUCUUCAACAGGAGCCGCCUCUGAGACUUGGGAGACUUCCGCUGCUAGCGAGUAAGAGACUGAGGGGGUGACCUCGUCGGAGCGACCUAGGGUGGCCUUGCACUUUUUGUAUUUUUUUUUUUUUUUUUUAUUUAUCUGUAAUAAUUUAUCACGAGGUUUUUCCUCCUCGAGACAAUUGAUUUCAGUUACCCUGAUUUUCAUCAUUUAUUUUUCUUUUUAAUAUGAUGUGAUUGAUAAAAUCCUAGUUUGCGUUAGUUUAUUGACUUUUUCUUCGAAACUACAAAGCAUUGCCAGUCAAUUUUAACCAACUUCUAAGUUCUAGGACCUGGUUAUGUCUAGGACAUUAAUUUUUAAAAAGCGUAGUUCGCGUUAGUUUUAUCGACACCCCGUGUUCUUUAGGAAAAUCACUAAAUUAAUCAAUUUAAC